UCAAGUCGACUUUCACUAAAGAAACUUCAAGAGUCAAGACAGAUCAGAGCUACAAGCAACAUUAUGGCGCUGACAAAACAUUCCAGAUUUACUCUGAAUGAUGGGCACAAGAUACCAGUGGUUGGACUGGGCACCUAUGCCCCUGAAGAGUUUCCAAAGGCUCUGGUUGAGGAAGCUACAAAAGCUGCUCUUGAGUUUGGGUAUCGACACAUUGACUCUGCAUUUAUAUACGCCAAUGAGGUUGAGGUUGGUCGAGCAAUCAAUGCGAAAAUUGCAGAUGGGACGGUGAAGAGAGAAGAUGUGUUCUGCACCAGUAAGCUCUGGAGCACCUAUCACUCACCAAAAUAUGUCCGUCCCGCUCUUGAGAAGUCCUUGAAGAAUUUCCAGCUGAAGUACCUGGAUCUCUUUCUUAUUCACACUCCCGUCGAGUUCAAGCCUGGUGACGAUCUACUUCCAACAGAUGAAAGUGGAAAAUUGAUUUAUCACAAUACUGAUAUUCGAGACACAUGGAAGGCUAUGGAGGAUUGUAAAGAAGCAGGACUGGUCAAAUCAAUAGGUGUCUCCAACUUCAACCACAAACAAUUGGAGCUCAUUCUCAACAUGCCAGGACUGAGAUACAAACCUGUGUGCAACCAGGUUGAGUGUCACCUCUAUUUGAAUCAGUCUAAGCUGCUGGAGUUCUGCAAGCCACACAAUAUAGUUCUGGAGGCAUAUGGAGUGCUGGGCUCAACUCGUGACGUUAACUGGAUUGAUCAGACUGCCCCAAUCCUGCUGGAGGACCCUGUGCUCAAUGCAAUUGCAAAGAAACAUGGCCGAACUCCUGCCCAAGUGGCAAUGAGACACAUGCUUCAGAGGGGAAUAGUGGUUCUUGCGAAGAGUUUUAAGCCGGAGAGGAUCAAGCAGAAUCUUGAGGUUUUUGAAUUUGAGUUGAGUGAAGAGGAAAUGAAAUCUCUGAAUGGACUGAACCAAAAUAGACGUUAUGUUGUGCAAAAAUGGAAGGAUCACCCAAAAUUUUCAUUAAAUGAAGAAUAUUAAAUUCCUCCAUUUUGCUGUGGCCUGUGUUCUCUGACCUGUGUUCAUGAAAAAUGGGGAAGCUUCUAAAUAUUUCAGUUCUGUGCAAAUGAAAUAAAGCAACUGCUGAAACUAAAA